GGCCGGCCUUUCGCUACCCGUUGCCUUUCCUCCCUCUUCCGACGCUGAUGCCGCAUACCUUUCCUCUACUUCACCCUGCUGCGGCGCAGCGCGUUGCUUCACGCAGUACAGGGGAAGUCGCAGCGGGUUCUAAGAGUAGCGCAUGGAAGAGGAGGGAACGAAGAAAAGGAAAAGUAAUUUCUCAGCACACACAUACAUAUCUAUAUAUAUAUAUGUGA